AUGACAGCUGCCUCUCUGAAGACUGGUGUUAUGUAUUUCAAUUCUCAACCUCGUUCCCAGGCAGAGAACCGUGGGAAGGAGGUUCCUCACUUCCGCAUUUUGCUUUCUUCACUCGAUCGAAUUGAAUUUAGCGUAGUGAAGUUACGACUGUUAAUCGCAAGGUAAGUUGACAGGUAUUAUCGCUCAGAAACUGUUAGUGUUCGUUUGGGGAGUAGUAUUACGUUGGGUCGUUAAAAAUAACCUCUCACGGCAGCCCAAGGGUAGCUUAUACAGAAAUACGCUUUGUGUAAAACAGAACUACUGUACAUGUUGGCAAACUGAAUUUGAUCAUGAUCAAGCUCUCAGCUCGACGGACUUCACCAUUUUAAGUGUCAGCUGAGAAGUGCAAGGGUUUUUAACUGAUUGCUAUGUUUUCGCAUUCAAAGAGUUAAUUCAUAGCCGAAAUGAGCUGAGAUUAAAGCUCACCAAGCAUUCAUGCAUCCGUGCCGUUCUUCUAGCUCCUACUCACUCAACGGCUUCAAAACCUCUAGUUGCACAUCGAUGUCUUCAUUAUCAGCACACGCUGACAUUUAUCAAUAAUUAUGCGCCGGUUUUUUUAAAAAUAACUUUUUAAACGGCAGUGGUAUAUGGAAUGGCUAUAAUCGGUAACCAUCAGUGACAGACACAACAAACAUCGGAGGCAUCAUCAGUGCAUAAAAUUAUUAGCUGGAGCUAAACCAUCUGAACCAUAUUUACCCGGUUUGACUGUGACUUUUCUUUAACAGAAAGAUUUAUUUUAUUUAACCGUUUUGAGAAACAGAUGGAUGCUCAAAAAGUAAAUGUUUACACAAGUUGGGAAUACUCUGGAGAUUACAAAAUCUGAAAAUAUCGUCAAGGAGUCACAGUGUUGCAUUACACAUGCAUUUCGAGGUCACUUUCGCAGCGUGCUUAUAUUACAAGGUGAUGUUUAAUCCGAACUUUCACGCAAGACUCUUAUCACAAGGAAAGAAAUUCGCCUAUAGUUUAAGGUAACCGUCCGGCUAACGCAGGUCUUUUCAGAAAUGUCUUUUCAUACUUGAAGGAACGCCAGAAUGCGUGCUUUGCACUCAUGGUCUCCUGCAACCAGUUGUUCAAAAGUUGGAUAGCGCUAUCCACCGGAUAAAUCACUAUCCGAUGAAUAAGUAUUAGGAAAACCAAUUGCGCUAUCCAGUGGAUAGUGAUUUAUCCGUUGUAUAGCGUUAUCCACCUUUUGAACAACUGGGGCCUGGAAGACACAAGUGGAGUGGAGGCCAAGUAUAUAUUCAAGGCUAUACAAUUUAAUGGUUAAAGGAGAUUACAUGCAAGGCCUAAGGUCCACUGAACUAUUGUACAAUCAUAUCAGGAUAUAUAAGUCGAGCGCGGCUGCUAAGUAAGAGGAUUAAGGGCUAAUCCCACACUGACUAUAGCACUGAGACCGGUGCAAGAAUCUUUAUACAUGUAUAAAUUUAUAUUCGCUCCACUCGAGUGUCUUCCAAUUGCUCAGUGGAAUUUUCCAUAACCGGGCAAAAUUCCAAAAUGCUGUCUCUCGUCUGCGCUUCUUAAUAACAGGUGAUUUCAGUUUGACCCGUGAACUUAGAAUGAUCUUAAGUAGGGCAUAUUGACAGCUUUAUAUUUCAUAGACAAAUUAAUUAAAUGGGCUAGUUUAGUUGUUUUACAUCUAACUGGCUUAUCCUCCGAACUUUCUUGUCGCUUUAACUUUAUGAAAACAACCUCUGAUUAUAUAUUAUACAAACUUUCGAAUUUUUCCCCUUUCUUGUUUUUCUACUAGUUUUAAACUUUACUAUGGCAGCAUCAGGACCGUCCCAGGCUUUCGUUCAACUGACCUCUCCAGAGGAAGGAAAUUGGCUUUCUCUCGGACGCGCUUUGACAUCAGUACUUUGUCAAGGUCUUCGUCCCUAUAUUAAACGAGAGAUGGCCAUUUUCUACAGCAACGUAACAGCCGCAAUCACAAGAUCUCGCGCUGGACCGUGCACCUGUGUCUAUGAUCCGAGCAGAAAGAAGAACCAAUACCACGAUGUGAGCAAGUGUGCAUGGGCAAUACUUCUCCAAAACGCACACCUGGGAAACAAACUAAACUGGAAGCAAAGUGAUUCCUCCAAAUGGAUGGACGUCAAUAAUGGUCAGUGGGAGAUAGCAAAGCUUUUUCUUCCGGAUAUUGGAGGACAUACUGUUAUAGAGAGUGCCGAGGACAUGGAUGUCACUGCUAUUUUGAAUCUGAUGUUCUGGUGCAAUCACUUUACUGCUCAGCGAUCUCUGAUAAAAGAUGUCCGAGAAACCCGAAACUCAAAGUGGGUGCAUGUCCCAAAACUGGAGCUGUCCGACACAGAGAAACGAGCUUCCUUUGAAGCAAUCGAGAAGCUUCUGCAAGAUCCAGUAUUUACUGGAGAUUCAGAUGCUCAGAACGCUUUACGAGAUAUUUUAGCCCUAAAAUGUAGCUCAGAUGUGCACAUCUUCAAAGCAGAAGUCUUAUCUCAUUUCAAGGAAGCAAUUCACAAAGAUAUUUCAAGCCUUAAAAGUGAAUUGAACUCGUUAAGAAAGGAAUCAAAGAAAAAUGGAAAGCAACGAGCUCGCGUGGAAAGACAACUACGCAAUUUAAGACAAGGCCUAGAGAAAGCGGAGAAAAAGUCUGCCACGCUUUCGUCAAUUCUUGCCCACAUUUUGGAGCUACUAAUGGUCAUUAUCGUUUCCUUGUUCAAAAUUGUGGGCUGCACAAAUGGAAAGUCGUCCAAAGAUUGGCUAAAGUUGCUCCUCUUAUGUUUAUGGUGUUGCAUUGGCACUCUGGAUCACAGCUCAUUUAACGAUGGUAUGUCACAAUCCUUUAAAUUUAUUUUUACAUCAACCAUAUCCCGUAUUCUCAACGAGUGUUGUAUCUCUGUCACGGCGUAUGAGGUUCUCAGGAGUAAACUUAGUGACAGGAAUAAAAUAUACUCUAACCCCUACUUACGUUCAGCCUUUUUGUACCCUAGCUUCUAAUAUCCCUUCCUCUUCAAAUAGUUCGGACUUGUUUUAGCUUUAAAAGUAACUUGCAGUUUCUCACAGAAGAAUGUCCAAUUUUAUUUUUAGGUUGUCCUGCAGAGGAAGUUGAUGUUCCUUUUGACACCAAAGAGUUUAACUUGACUGAUUAUCUAACCAUUGCUCGGGAAAAUUUCAUAGGUCGUCGGUGGCUAUAUGAAGAAAUAGAGGGUGCCUUCUUCUCUUCACGCGAUAAAGUAUCUGGUGUGUUGAUUAUCGGAGACCCUGGAGCUGGAAAGUCCGCAUUAGCUGCACAGUUGGUCUGCUCCCGGACGUCCAGCCGAACCAUCCAUGAUCAUAUAUUAGGGUUCCACCUCUGUAAACAUUCUGACAGAAAUACACAGAAUGGAGGCAAGUUUGUUCGUAACUUAGCCGAUAUGAUAGCUCGCAGACUUCCAGAAUAUGGGUACAUUGUCACCAAUAAUUCCUACAUUCAGCGAUCUUUAUCCACCGACUGCGUGACACUCCAAGAUCCCGUGGGUUGUUUUGAACAAGCAAUUCUGUCGCCCCUAAGACUUUUAAAAAAUAAACCAAAAGAGAACUGGUACAUUGUCAUUGAUGCCUUAGAUGAAUGUCUUGCUCAAAGUGAAACAGGUCAUAGUAUCGUCUAUUUGCUUAACAAUAAGCUUCCCCGUUUUCCGUCAUGGCUGAAACUUGUGAUGACCUCUCGCAAUGAAUCUAGCGUUUCCAUCAACUCGAACAGCGUAACAAAGCUCAUCAUUGAUCCUGAUGAUAUCCGAAAUAUAGAAGACAUUGAACUUUUUCUGUCUACGAAACUUCUUCAAGAUGGUCCCUUAAUAAACCGAAUUAAGUUUUGGUUUGGAGAUAACAGCAUUAAAAGCACAGCCAGACUAAUCUCCGCUUUGCUGAGCAAAAGUCAAGGAAAUUUCCUGUUCGUUAAGGAGAUGCUUCAUCAUUGGGAAACUUCCAGAGCUGAAAAGAGAGAUCCCUAUGCACUACCUGAGACGCUUGGCGAUUUAUACCACAGCUACUUCGAACGCCUGUAUAGUCGAAAGGAACAAUUCCGGCCGAUUCGGCGAGUGCUAGAAUUACUUGUGGCAACAUUUCAGCCACUGUCACUUAAAGAAAUUUAUGAAGUUCUUAAAACAAAGGAAGAAAAUCUCGAAGAAGAAUACGAAUUUAAAGAUAGAAUUAACGGACUGGGACAUUUUUUAAGAUACGGAGAAAAUGACACGGUGACAUUAUAUCACCUCUCUUUAACAGAAUGGCUCACCAGUGAAAGCAACAAGAAUAGUCCAUUUUACGUCAGUAAGAAAAAGGGACAUGAAAUGUUUUGCGAUUACUACUUAAUCUUAAUUGCUGACGGAGAUAAGUCCUCGUUGUUGAGAUACAUUCUGACUCUGGCGCAACACAUUACCUAUGGUGGUUGGAAGGCGUCUUACGUUAAACAGUUUCUGAAGUUUCCUUCACAAGUUGUCAAUUCCUCGGAUCCUACAAGUAAUAGGACUUUGUUGCACCUUGCAGCCACGAUAAACAGCACAGACGUAAUGGAGCUACUGCUGAGACAUUUCAGUUGCAUUGACUGUAUUGAUAAUCGCGGGAUAACACCUGCAUUUUUGGCCGCGGAGCAUGGACUCGUUAAUAAUCUGGCGCUGAUGGUGAGCAAGGGAGCCAAGGUAAAUCGCAAGACGAAGUCUUUGUUAUUCAUUUUGGAAUCAAAAGGAAACGAGUAUGAUGAAUUUGUCACUAAAAAUUGCCUUUGGACUCCAGUUCUUCAAUCAAAGUCAAAGUACUGGGGUUCCACAAUGCUUCACGCUGCAGCUCACCGAGGGCACAUGGAAGUUGUUGCCUUUCUUCUCGACAACGGUGCUUUUAUUUCAACCGUCGAUGGUGUCAAUUUAACUGCACUACAGAUAGCCGCUGAGAAUGGGCAUUCAGAGGUUGUUAAAGCGUUAUAUAAUGCCGGUGCAGUUGCAGAUCAAACCUCUCUUCACCAUGCCGCCGCCAAUGGUAGGUUGGAGGUGGUAAAGUACCUUUUGAAAAUUGGUGUGAGGGAUAGGUGCAUCAGAUGCGACGGGUCCUUUUACUGGCUGAAAACGCUAAAACAUCGUUUGCAAAGCAACGUGAAGACGGAAAAUGUUAUGUCAUUUCAUAUAAACGAACAGUGUUUUGAGGAUAAAAAGCAGAUGGAAAAGGAUCAUUGCAUCGAAAAGAAAACUGAAAACACCACCAACUUUGGCGAGCUUUAUGACGACAAACAUUUAAUAUUUUGCGAAACCGCCCUUCAUGUGGCAGUUUCAGCAGGCCAUGUGGAAGUAGUCAGGGAACUAAUUUCUUCGCCACCAACAGCAUUAACAUGUCGGGAUUAUACAGGGAGAACUGUCUUACACGAGGCUGUUCGUAAAAAUAGUAGUGAAAUUGUGAAAAUAAUACUCCAAAAAGACCACGCUUUGAUACAUGAAACUUGCAAUCACUGGCAAAGGAUGGAACAGCAAAAUGAAACGCAUACAUCUUUGAAAUUAAGUUUUAAAGAAUCUAUAGAAUACCACGGUGAUACCUGUCACUGUGGAUACACACCCCUUCACGUGGCUGCUCGUUAUGGACACUGGGAAAUUGGGAUGUAUCUUAUUGAAAUUGGUGGAGCACGCGUUAACGCUUCUGACUGCUUUGGAGCGACCCCUCUUCAUGUUGCCGCUUGCCAUAACCACAAGUUAUUUGUAAAUAUGCUGAUGCGUUCAGAAAGCAGUGCUAACAUUAACAGCAUGACAGCUAAUGGUUCGACACCUCUUCACAGCGCCGCAGCAUGCGGAGCCGUUGAAAUUAUUGACCUACUACUGUACUUUGGGGCAAAUCUUAGCGCAGUUGAUAAGGACGGUCUUUCAACAUUGCAUUAUGCAAUUCUCCACAUACGUCCGGACCAACUGGAUGGUGAUUUUAUUAUAAAUAGGACAGAUUUAGGUGGGGCUCUUCACCUUGUGACAAUUGACCGUAGGGGUCACCUUGCUAUGUUUUAUGAAAACGAAAACAAUAUUAUUAGAAACACCGACCAGUAUCGAUGGUUAGAUGCAUUUAUCAAUUUGAUUUUACGUGGUUCUGAUAUACAUGCUGCUGACGUAAACGGCCAUACACCGCUGCAUAUAGCAUCAGCAAACGGUUUGGCCGAUGCCGUCAAUGUUCUGCUGCAAAGAAAGUCAAAGCUCGAACUACGUGAUAAUCUUGGUAAAACACCGUUGGAAGUUGCAGUUGAAAACUGCACGGUAAGUUUGACUACUUCACAUUUCAAUGAGGGUGAACACUUCCACGACCUGCAGCAGCAUUUGCGUGAUCACGAAAUGGUUGUUUAUCUUCUUCUCUCGUCUGGGGCGUCCUUCAGAAAAUGCAGUCGUAAUGGUACGAGCUUGCUACACAAUGCCAUUGCGAAAAGAAAACUUUACAUCGCUCGACUUUUGCUAUUGAAGGGAGCCCGCCUUAGCUGCAAAGACUCCCUGGGGAGAACACCACUGAUGGCUUUCAUUCAAAAUGGUGGAGACUGGGCAGACUUCCCAUUUAAUGUUUCAUUCAACAUUGAGUGUGGGAAGCCUUUUCAAUUGUCGACCAUCCAUUUGUUGUGUUAUUUUCCUCCAAAGCUGGAAGAGAAUAAUUUCUUUCAACUCAUUACAUGUGAUGAUCAAACAUGUUCCUCUAGGAAGCCCCCUUUUCAAAGAGCAAUUGAACGUCACAAAUUAAAGCACAGAGUCAUUGACAAUUGCUUAGACGCUGAGGGAUUUACGACCCUUCAUAGAGCGGCACAGGGAGCUAAUUUAGUAGGUGUUCGUAGUCUCCUAAAAACCGGCGCGAAUCUGACUUUACUGUCUCCACAAGGACAAGACGCGAUUACCCUUGCGAUACUGCACUCGGGGGGAACCAUCGGGAACAAUCUUCUUGGAAACGAAGAACUGUUAGCUAGAAAAGAUAACGCAUCUCUUGUGGCUCUCCAGCUUCUUCACCAAGCGAUGAAAACUCGUGGUUUCCAGAUUGUAUGUGACCCUAGUAAACCCGAACUGACUCUAUACCAUUUGGCAGCUUCUCGCGGAUUAGUAAAAUUUAUACAGGAGAUGUUUAAGGAAAAAGAGCAGCAUAAAUUAGAUGUGAAUUGCCCAAACAAAGACGGGGUCACACCACUUUACUUGGCGAACGUAUUCAGCUUUGAAGCUGUUAAAGGUGAAAGUUAUAAUCCAUGGAAAGAGGUCAUAAGAAUAAUAAAAGACCAUGGAGGUAUAAUGAUUUUACCAUCCAAAGAUGUUGAAUUGAAUAUCAUUUACAAAAGAUUAUUUGGUUGGAUUCCUGAUGAUCUGAAAAUUAAUCUAAGAGGGGAUGUCCGAGGUUUUGUUCUAGAGCUUGUGUCUACAUUUCAAAAUAGGCAGAAAAACACGUCUCACUGUAAACUGGAAGGCUUAAACGGGAAGAGUAUGGAGAUUGGUAAUCCUUCAUCGCUAAAACCAGUCUGGAACGAGUUACUUCGACAAUUAAAUAUACUUAACCUUAGAGGCGUAAAAUAUUCCCUGUUUGGUUUCACUAAGCUAGUUUCGCUAGCUCUAGAUGACCUAAAGGUGUGUAAGUUGCAAUUUGACCGUUCUGAAUUUUAUACGAAGAAGUUAAGUUUAUUAACGUCCAUCUAUCGAUCAGUAAUUCAUGCGUCAAAAUUAAACAACACAGCCACUGGUUUUCGUCAUCGUUUGGCAGUUAUUUCUGAAUCAAUACACGAAAUAGUCUUGGAAGCAACACCAGUGCAUUUUUUCUACUUGAUGAGGCUAUGGCAUCAUGAAGUAUUUCAGCAUUUCGCUUGUAUUAAGAUAGUAGUUGAUCGGUAUGGACGAUUCUUGUUCGACGACAACCACCUGAAACAACUUAUUGCAAAGUACGAAGAAAGUACUCCAACUUGGAUGUUGACUACCGUCUGCUUUUCACUACAGAAUACGUUUAUGACUUAUUUGUUAAGAUAUUUAUCGAAAAUUAAUUACACUGAAUUUACUACAUUAUAUCAUGAGUAUCCAGACUUCAUAAAAAAACGGAUGGGAUGGACUGUUCAACAGUUCGGUGACAUCAAUAACUCAUGGCCAUUUGAUUUUCUUGUUAAGUUUACUUUAGGGCUAUACCGUCAGUAUGAAUACUUAAAAAUACUCAAUGUUGGAUUAGAACCAGGAACUCACGUUGAACUACCUUCUAAAAGGAUAAAGCAAGCGAUAGUAUGGGAAAAAGCACAACACACAUGGGAUUUAAUAUUAGAUCUACUGAAAGAAAUACACCACUUCGGUUAA